ACCAUGCCCACAAAGAAUACACUAGAGGAGCGCGUCAAUCGCUUCAAGAACAAGGGCAAGACUUUGGCAACAUUUCGAGAAAAGAGACUUUCGGAAUGCGUAGAGUUGCGCAAAGCUCAAAAGAAUGAGAAUUUGAUGAAGAGAAGACAGAUAACGCCUUCUCUUUCCGAUGACGACGUCCUAUCACCUACGUUCAUUUCUGACAAUAAGGCUUGCACUUUAACAAUUGAAGAGAUUGUCCAAGAAAUCAAUUCCGACUGCAAGGAUGCUCAAACUCGUGGAUGCCAGGCUGCCAGAAAACUACUUUCUCAAGAGCGCAACCCUCCUCUGAAGGAGAUCAUAGAUGCUGGGCUCCUGGCUCGCUUGGUGCUCUUCUUGGGCAUGGAUGAUGAGCCCAAUCUGCAGUUUGAAGCGGCUUGGGCUCUGACCAACAUUGCCUCUGGAACAUCUUGGCAUACACAGCAGGUCGUAGAACAUGGCGCUAUACCCUGCUUCAUUUCUUUGCUGGCCUCACCACAGUUGCAGAUCAGUGAGCAAGCUGUAUGGGCCCUUGGAAAUAUUGCAGGUGAUGGUCCAGUCUACCGAGAUGUCCUCAUUGAAUGUAAUGUGAUACCUGCCUUACUGGCACGGGUCUCCCCGGAAACUCCGGUUGGUUAUCUCCGCAACCUUGCAUGGACAUUGUCAAACUUGUGCAGGAAUAAAAACCCAUUUCCACCCUUGUCUGCGGUGCACCAGGUGCUUCCGACACUGGUCCAGUUUCUUCAUCUUGGGGACAAGGAUAUCUUGUCUGAUGCAUGCUGGGCAAUCUCCUACCUGACAGAUGGUGACAACGAUCGUAUUGCAAUUGUAGUACAAACAGGUAUUGUCCACCGUCUGGUGGAACUCAUGGGCCACAACGAGCUUAGCGUCAUGACCCCUGCCCUUCGUGCAAUCGGGAACAUCGUGAGUGGCUCAGAUCUGCAGACACAGGCGGCUAUUGAUGCUGGCGUUCUUGGCAUACUUCCUCAACUCAUGAGGCACCCAAAGGCUAAUGUUCAGAAGGAAGCAACAUGGGCAUUGUCAAACAUCGCAGCCGGGCCGUGUAAACAAAUCCAACAGAUCCUCACGUGUGGCCUACUUCCUCCUCUUGUAGAAUUACUCAAAAAUGGAGAUUUCAAGACUCAAAGAGAGGCUGUGUGGGCAGUGACUAAUUUCACCAGUGGUGGUACUGUGGAGCAGGUGGUCCAGUUGGUGCACAGUGGAGCACUUGAGGGAAUAAUCAACCUUCUAAAAGUAAAGGAUGCAAAAAUUAUUCUGGUCAUCUUGGACGCCAUUAACAACAUCUUCACAGCAGCAGAGAAGAUUGGUGAAAUCGAGAAGCUAAGCCUGCUAGUUGAAGAGCUUGGUGGGCUGGACCGCAUUGAAAGUCUCCAGAGCCAUGAAAACGUGACUGUAUACCAGGCAGCACGCAGCCUCAUCGAGAAGUACUUUUCUGAUGGAGAGUUGGAGGGUCUGAAUGUUGAAGACUCCUGCACAGAAGAUGCUUUUGUGUUCAAGACCCCAGACACUCACAAAACAUUUGAAUUUUAA